CUGGGACCAUCAGGGCUUUGUUCCAGCCUGUCUCCUAAGCAAGGUCCCCCUCACCCCCCCAAAAAAUACCAAAACCAAAAGUCCCCUCCUGAUCCAAAAUGUCCCUCAAGCUGCCAAGGAACUGGGAUUUCAACCUGAAAAUGGAUGCUGCAAAAAUAGCUCGCUCCAAAAGCGUGAUGAGCAGUGAGGCUGGGGGCACCCAGCCUGCCCCCCCCCAGCCCCUGGAGAGGCCCCAGAAGGUGGGGUGGCUGAAGAAGCAGCGUUCCAUCGUCAAGAACUGGCAGCAGAGGUUCUUCGUGCUCAAGGGACAGCACCUGUACUACUACAAGGAGGAGGAGGAUAUCAAACCACAGGGCUGCCUGUGUCUCCAGGGAAGCACCAUCAAGGAGGUGGCCAGCAACCCAGAGGAAGGAGGGAAAUUCAUUUUUGAAAUCAUCCCAGGGGUCUCUGGAGACCAGACCCGGGCAGGGCAUGACCCCUGUGUGCUCAUGGCUAAUUCCCAGUCUGAGAUGGAGGAAUGGGUUAAAUCCAUCCAGCGAGUCCUGGGGGCAUCCUCAGGAGUGGUGUUUGGACAGAGCUUGGCAGAGACCAUGGCUUAUGAACAGAAAUUUGGGCAGCACCAGGUCCCCAUCCUGGUGCAGAAGUGUGCGGAGUUCAUCCGGCAGCACGGGAUGGGGGAGGAGGGAAUUUUCCGCCUGCCUGGCCAAGACAAUCUGGUGAAACAGCUCCGGGAUGCCUUCCAUGCUGGGGAAAGGCCAUCGUUUGACAGGGAUACAGAUGUGCACACUGUGGCCUCUCUCUUCAAACUCUACCUGCGGGAGCUCCCUGAGCCAGUUGUGCCCUGGAUGCAGUAUGAGGAUUUCCUGCUGUGUGGGCAGGCACUGGAUGGGGAUCAGAGGAAGGGCCAUCAAGAGCUCCUGAAGCAGCUGUCCCUCCUUCCAAGAGAGAACUACAACCUCCUCAGCUAUAUCUGCAGGUUUCUACAUGAAAUACAGUUGAACUCCAGUGUCAACAAGAUGAGUGUGGAUAACCUGGCAACAGUGAUUGGAGUGAACCUCAUCAGACCCAAGAUAGAGGAUCCUGCAAUUAUUAUGAGAGGCACACCACAGAUCCAGAAAGUGAUGACUGUGAUGAUAAGUGACCAUGCAAACCUCUUUCCCCCAUCCAAGGAUGUGUCACCCUCCCCACCUGCUCAAACGAAUGACAAGAAAGCCCCAAUCUCACGCAGCUCUGUGGGCUGGGAUGCUGCAGAGGACCCUGCAGUGCUCAAGGCAGAGAGCUUGAUCCUAAGGCAAAUGAGAAACAACCUGAAUCCAAGGAGUGUCCCUGGAGCAGCUGGGAGCUCAACUGCCCCUGGGGAAGACAACGAGUCCAAGGAUACACUGGGAAAGUGGAAAACACAGUCAAGGAAAAGAACUCAGACUUUACCUAACAAGAAAUCUUUCCUGGCAGCUUCUGCUCCGAGGGAGAAAGGCAGCAAUGACAAAAAUGAUGUUUUUGCCAGUGAGUUUUGGAAGAGCUCCCCCGGGGGCAGCACACGCUCUGUGGCACCUGAUGGACAUAAGAGGACUUUGUCUCAUGAUCUUUUUAAGCUGCUCGACCUUCAUCGGGCUUCCACCUAUGAUAAUGUUCCUACCUCCCAGGCAGAAAGUGGGGAAGUCAGCAGCCCCAGCCCUUCCAGCAGCAUCUCUGAUAAGGAAUUCCUGCCCUGCCCCAGCCAUCAGCAGAAGGAAGAAGCCAGUCCCACCAGCAGCCCUGUUGAGGUCUCCAAGCCUGAUCAGGAGAGCAGGGAAUUCCUGAAAAACAUGAUCCUGAAGCUGGAAAACCAAAUGGAGGUACAGAAAAAUGACUACGAGGAACAAAUUAAAAGUCUGGAGAAGGAAAACAAAGAAGUCUGGACCAAAGUGGUGAGGCUGAAUCAGGACAUCGAGAGGGAGAAGAAGAAAUCUGAGGAACUGGAGCUGAAGUUGAUGAACAUGGAGCGUUCACGGGAAGACAUGGAGAAGAGAAACAAGAUGCUUGAGGAGGAGAUAAAAAACUUAGCUAAAUCCACAAGCAAAACUGAAGCCAGAACCAAAUAGGACCUGCUUGUGCAGAACUCCACAGCCCCAAACCUUGCAGAGGGAUGGGUCACCAAGGUCAGUGUGACCUCCACCAGGCUUAGCCACCUUCAAACCUGAGCUAUCCCAACCUCACCUUCCCUAUCACCUCCAUGUCCCACAUGCUGUGGCACCCUGAGGUGACCCACUUGUCUUCUGAGGUCUCUUUCAAGCAACACUAACACCAGUGGUGCUGAAAGUCAAAGUUCCCACCAUGCACCAAGGGACCCACAUCAAAAAGUCUCCAAAAUUCCUGAGAGAUGCCUUUUUCCUGCCAUCAUUGCAGAGCAUCUGAUCCCGUCCCUUUUCUGUGAUUCCAGAUGACCUUGGCAGUGUUUAAUUAUUUUUUUACCUUUGCAGGGAGCUCAUUCCUAAUCUGGGUAUGAGGCUCAGGACUCGUUUAGGGAGAAUCUUCUCCAAACAUCUGGGCUGGAAAUGCCACACGCUCCUUUCUGCAAAGAUCAAAAGUGUGAAGAGGCAAAUAAUUCCCUCACGACCCACAGUGGAGUGUAAUGACGUGAAAAAGCUUGGCUGAGGCUCAGAAAUCUCUGUGAUUAGGACAAGUGCACAUUAUUUUAGUAUAAACUGUGCAUUCCUCCACUUCCGCUGCAGAUAGGCAGGAGAACCUCUAUCAGACCAUGACUGUUUCUGAGGAUCAGAGAAACUGCUUUGAAGAUAUUCCACCCAUUAAAAUUUGGAGUGUUUAUAGUGGUCAUAUUUGAAAGAUAGACUUUCCAAUAGAGG